AUAAAGGAUCAUCAUAUUUUGUAGUUGAGUUAGUGUUAAUAUACUGAUAAGAUAUUAAAUUAUAUGUGUGUGUAUAAGCAAACCUGAUAUAUUUUGAGGACGUGAAAGAAUGUUACGCAGUUGGUGGAAACCGAGUGUGUAACUCAUACUAGCUUGGCAUAUCCUGCCAAAGUAAACUUUUGAAUCUUCUUCAGGGUAUCUCCUAUUCGAGCAGUCUCUACCAGGACACUCUUGAUUUAUUAAUCUUUUUAAAUCCGUCAAAUGAACAUAAAUAAUAAAUCCAACUUUGUUUUAUAUACACACAUUUGGCUUCUAAAUUGAUGUAGGUUCUAUUUCGUUAUUCUUGGAAUUUUAUAUAAGCAAAUACUGUAAUAUCAUUAGAAUAUGAAGCGUAUGAAAAUAUGGCUUUAAAGGAAAUGGGUAAGAUCUGCUCAGAACUAAGGGUGCAGUGGCCAGAUGUUAAGCAUAUUGCGAUAUAUCAUCGACUGGGAAACGUUCCUGUAACCGAAGAAAGUAUAGUAAUUGCCGUUUCUGCACCGCAUCGAAAAGCCGCAUUGGAAUCGGUUAGCUUUGCUAUAGAUAAGCUUAAGUCGAGUGUGCCUAUAUGGAAAAAAGAAAUAUAUGAAAAUGAUUUAAUCGGAGAGUGGAAAGCAAAUAUGGAGUGCCCUUGGCCCCCAUUUUCCGAAACAUCUUCAAGAACUUUCGAAUUUUCUUCUUGCAAAAUUGAGCACCAAAUAGAUAAUAUUUCUGAUAAUAAGCUAGUACAAAUCAAAGUUAAUGACAGCGAGUUGAACCGACGAGUAAAAUGUUUCUUAAAAAGGAAACGGGAUGAAAUUAAUCUCUACAAUAUAAUUGACUUCAGACAACAAACAACAGAUCCUGCACUCCUAGAGUCGAUAGUAGGAAAAGAUUCGUGUGCUCGCACCCAAAGUUUCCUUGUAAAGCAACAACAAUCAAAAGGUCAUUUAAAGGUCUGUCGCGCGACUUAUAAUAGUGGACCGCAAGUACGACCAAACUAUUCCUUCCAAUUAAAUAAACUAAUGACUAGACAAAACGACCAGUAUGAAGCAGCUAAAUGCAAAGUACUGCGGAACGCACGCUUACAAAAUAUUGAAGAUUAUAUGCAUAUAACACCGGACGACGAUGACAAUAUUUAUAAUCGCAUCAAAAAUAUAGAGAACAGAAUUUUAAUGCUAGAAUCUACUUCUCCAGAAUAUAAAUAUAAUAUAAAAUUCGAAACGGAUUUGAAGAAUAUUGGUAAAAGAAAUUCGAAAAAAGAGAUAUACCUAUCUGAUAGGUUAAAUGAAUUUAUUUUAGAUAUUAAAAGACAAUACGAACAGUAACCAGUAAUAAAAAUAAAUUGCAUUUGUUUCCAUAUAUAAUUGCAACUAAUAGUUCGUGAAAAAGUAUAUGACAAAGUUGUUUGAAUUAAAAGGUUACUUUUAAUAUACAAGGAAAAUAAUGUAUGCUCAUAAUAGGCGAUACAACGGGACAAAAGGACCAGCUAGUAAAUAAGAAUUUUAAA